AUGGUCGGGCGGUGCGCUUGCCUCGGCCGCCAGGUCAGCACUGAGGCUUUCUUAAAGGCGGCAGCGCGCGCGCAGAUCACAGAGUGCCUCAGUACCUUCCGAGUGCUGCUGGCCGAUUACUUACGGGACCGCGAAGUCCUGUAUGUUAACAGAGACGGCCAGCUCAAACGGCGCGGCGUAGCUAGCGGGGUUCCACAGGGUUCGGUGCUCGGUCCACUCUUGUGGAACCUAGGCUUCAACUGGCUCCUCCGGGGCGUCCUUCUCGCGGGCAUGAGUGUCAUAUGCUAUGCGGAUGACACUCUGGUCACUGCACGGGGGAAGACAUUUGGGGCCGCGGCACGGCUGGCGUCGGCGGGCGGCAAAUUAGUCGGUCGCAGAAUACGACGCCUCGGCCUGAAAGUCGCGCUGGAGAAGACUGAGGCCCUCUUCUUACCGGGGCCUCGCCAGCGCACCCCUCCCGACGCCCACAUUGUGCCCACACUUCAACUGGCUAGCGCCACGCCUCCUCAAGGCAGCUGGCGCACUGAGUUGGCCCCUCCUGAAUUUGAGAGGGCCACAAACGAGGUGUCGUCGACUUUAUGCCGGCGUUCUGAAGAGCAUGGUGCUGUAUGGCGCCCCAAUCUGGGCGGACGCACUCAACAAGAGGAAGAAUACUGCCGUUCUGCGCAGGCCCCAGCGGGCCAUAGUGCAGAAAGUCGCAAGGACCUACCGCACGGUAGGGCACGCUGCGUCCUCGCUGGUACUCCUCCUUGGGAGCUAGAAGCUGGGGUCUUGUCUGUCAUCUAUCACUGGAUGGCAGACCAGAAGGCGCGUGGAAAGCGCCCGGCCCCGGAGCGGCGCGGUGCCGUCAGGCAGGAAGAGCGCGAGAUCAUGAUCGACCGCUGGAAGGAAGACAUGACUCGCGCGCAGUUGGGCUGCCGCACUCUGGACGCCAUUGGUCCUGUUCUGGACCAAUGGUUGGAACGAAUGCACGGGUUCCUCACGUUCCGUCUGGCGCAGGUGCUGACCGGGCAUGGCUGCUUCUGUUCGUAUCUGCAUAGGAUCGGGCGAGAUGAAUCCCCGCUGUACCACAAAUGCGGCGCGGCGGAUGACACGGUGCAGCACACCCUCGCGGUCUGCACAGGCUGGGAGGAGCAGCGCCAUGUCCUCACUGCGGUCGUGGGCCGGGAUCUUUAG